AUGGGCAUAGACCGAUUGCGUCUCCGACCCGUGGAGACUCCGCUACAUGGGUUUGCCGGAGAUAGGGUGAUCUCUGAAGGUGCUAUUUCCCUCCCAGUUACGGCGGGAGAAGGGCAGAGUCAGGUUACCCUGCUAGUGGACUUUCUGGUGGUUAAUGUGCCAUCAGUACACAACAUCAUCCUUGGACGACCAUCCCUUAAUGCGAUGAGGGCAGUCGUGUCUAACUAUCACUUGAUGAUGAAGUUCCCGGUCGAAGGAGGGGUUGGAUAUGUCCAAGGAGACCAGCGUGAGGCGCGUAGAUGCUACUCAGUGGCGGUAAGGAAGGGCUCGGUAAAACAAGCACUCACGAUAAAUGCGCUUGACCCUAGAGAUCUCGCGGAAGAUACCUCCAUUGAAGACCUAAUAACUGUCCCGCUCGAGGAAGCCGAUCCGAGCAAAACGGUUCGGCUCUGGUCAUCGCUGAAUUCCGGGCAACAAGCACAAAUGUUGGCCUUCUUGAGGGACCACAAGGAUGUUUUCGCGUGGUCGCAUGAGGACAUGGUAGGCAUCCCUCCAGAGAUCAUGGUUCACAAGCUGAACGUGGACCCGGAUCACAAACCAGUGAAGCAGAAGAGGAGGGCAUUCGAGCCCAAAAGGUACGCAGCUAUCGCCGAGGAAGUGUCGAAGCUCCUUAACGUGGGCUUCAUUGAAGAAGUUCACUAUCCAGACUGGAUCGCAAAUAUGGUCCUCGUGAAGAAGGGUACUGGGAAGUGGCGGGUCUGCGUAGACUACUCGGACCUGAACAAAGCAUGUCCCAAAGAUAACUUUCCUCUGCCUCGGAUCGACUAG